AUGGCUUAUCGAUCCAAUCGGGACGACACACCGCCCCCCUCGCACACACACAUACACCCGCAGAGAGCAUUGCAGCUAAAUUCAAAUUACCGCCAAGUGCUCGCGACGCGAGACAUCUGCUUGCAACUGGAUGCGAUGCGUCUCGCGUUUCUGUACGAUAUGCGCGAAUGGUUCUUGUGGUUGGCACUUAUUGCUCCCGUGUACUGCGAGAUUUUAUUGCGUAAAUUUGACGUAAACAUUCAUAGAAAGUUAAUACUGGGGCACGUCAUUUUAACGGAAAAAUUAGUUACAUGCGAGCGAGUAGGUAAGCGAACAAACGGGCCAGGAAAUGUUGACGGGGUCGUUUUAUCUUCGUCAAUUUAUCGGAUUUACGUUGUGUUAUGUAAGGGCGAGUGUAUUUAG